GGGGGCGGGACCUGAGUCAGUCCCUCCGGCCGCCGGGCUCCACCGCUUCCCCGCCGUCCACUUCAGCUUCCUGCCACCCUCCUGUCUUCAGCAUGCCUGGUCCGACCCCCAGUGGCACUAACGUGGGCUCCUCAGGGCGCUCUCCCAGCAAAGCAGUGGCCGCCCGGGCGGCGGGAUCCACAGUCCGGCAGAGGAAAAAUGCCAGCUGCGGAACGAGGAGCGCAGGCCGCACGACCUCAGCAGGCACUGGGGGGAUGUGGCGAUUCUACACGGAAGAUUCACCGGGGCUCAAAGUUGGCCCUGUUCCAGUACUGGUUAUGAGUCUUCUGUUCAUCGCUUCUGUAUUUAUGUUGCACAUUUGGGGCAAGUACACUCGUUCAUAGAUUCGGCUACAUCCAUCUGUCUGUCAUCUGAAGAAGAAAGGAAAAAAACCCAACAUAUCUUGGACCAAAAGCAUAGUGAUUUUCUGUUCAUGAGAAAGAAAUUUUCUGUAAGCUUACCGUUUUACAGGGAACUUAAUGAAAACUGAUUUUAAGGAAUCAUUUUUUUCCUAUGGCUAAUAAACUUUUUAAUUCAUA